AUGUCUACUUCCAAGCUCUUCGAACCCAUCCAAGUGGGAGAUGUAACCCUCGCGCACCGCGUCGUCCUCGCGCCCCUAACCCGGUGCCGCGCGGACGCCCAGGCUGUCAUCUGCGCCGACCUCGCAGCAGAGUACUACGCCCAGCGCGGGAGCGCCCCCGGCACGCUGCUCAUUAGCGAGGGUACUCUGAUCACGGCCAAGGCUGGUGGGUGGGCCUUCUGCCCCGGGAUCUGGAAUGAUGCGCAGGCGGCUGCGUGGAAGAAGGUGGCGGACGCCGUGCAUGCGCGCGGAUCGUACAUAUACAUGCAGCUGUACGCCAUGGGACGCGGUGCCCGCCCGACAGUGCUUGAGGAACAAGGAUUCAAAUUGGAAGAUGUGUUCGUGGCCCCCUCGCCUAUCCCUCUCAAGGAUCGACCGGAGCCCAUCCCCCGCGAAAUGACUGUCGCGGAUAUCAACGAGUACGUGCAAGCGUUUGCGACAGCUGCCGGUAAUGCCGUGCACAAGGCCGGCUUCGACGGUGUGGAGGUCGACUGCGCGAACGGAUUCCUGCUCGACCAGUUCUUGCAAGACAUGACCAACCAUCGCACGGACCAGUACGGCGGUUCCGUAGAGAACCGGGUGAGGUUCCCGCUGGAAGUCAUCAAAGCCGUUACGGACCUCAUCGGAGCGCACAAAACCGGCAUAAGAAUCAGCCCUUGGAGUACCUAUCAAGAUAUGCGUAUGGACGACGCGCGCCCGACGUUCAUGUGCUUCCUCUCCCGUCUUCGAGAUGACCAUCCCGGUAUUGCGUACAUACACAUCGUCGAGCCGGGCAUAGCUGGGAACAAUUCUGUCCAGCGUGUCAGCGGGGACGACUCGAACGACUUCGUUCGCGAGAUUUGGCAGCCCAAGCCGAUUAUCAGCGCUGGCGGAUAUAGUCGCGAGACGGCGCUGGAGGCCGCAGACAAGCACGGGUAUCUGAUUGCCUUUGGACGGCUCUUCAUAGCGAACCCUGACUUGCCGUACCGGAUCAAGGAGGGCGCACCCUACAACCCGCCCGAUAGGGCAACGUUUUACACACAUGGAGCAGAAGGAUAUGUCGACUAUCCCUUUGCUAGUGACAUUCCAGACAUCAUCAGCGCAGCUUGA